UUUCGCCUUACCUGGUGCACUUCCACUCUUUCUGCUUCCUUCCUUUAUCCUCUCUCUCUCUCUCUCAAAAGCUUUUAUUUGUUUCUGUCGUACGUUGUAUGCUUGGGAGCACAACACAAUGAAAGAAAACGUAGGAAACCCUCUGCACCUAAAGUCUGUGAACCAUAUCUCUCUCAUCUGUACCUCCGUGAAAGAAUCUAUCAACUUCUACCAGAACCUUCUCGGAUUUUUUCCCAUCAGGAGGCCGGGAUCAUUUGAUUUUGACGGGGCAUGGCUAUUCGGAUACGGAAUUGGAAUUCACUUGCUGCAAGCCGAGGACCCCGACAACGUUCCAAGAAAGACGAAAAUUAAUCCAAAAGAUAACCAUAUAUCAUUCCAGUGUGAAAGCAUGGGGGCAGUGGAGAAGAAGCUUGGGGAGAUGGAGAUUGAAUACGUGCAUGCAACGGUAGAGGAAGGAGGGAUUAAAGUGGAUCAGUUGUUUUUUCAUGACCCAGAUGGGUUCAUGAUUGAGAUAUGCAAUUGUGAUAGCCUUCCCGUGAUCCCCUUAGCAGCGAGUGGCAAUAACAAUGGCAUGGUCAGAUCAUGCUCCAGACUCAACCUUCAAAUUCUUCAACAGAUACACCAAUUUCUCAACCAAUAGCUAGCCACUAGUCAGAUCAUGAUGAUGAUCAUUUCCUCCUUUUUCAUGCUGUUUAGAUUAUUCCUUAUUUUAUCAUUCUGUCUAGUUCCUUUGCAGUAAUAAAUUAUUCCAUAUAUAUUCGCUUCUUAUUAAAAUAAAAAAAAGAGAAGUAUGGUUUAAUUUGUGCCA